AGCAAGGCUAAGGCUGCUGGUCUCGUGCAUUUGUGCAUAUCGUCGUAGACGCACUGUGCGAAAUGCCCGCCGUGCGCUUCCAGGAGCGCGACGACCGCUUCGAGUACGACGCGUUCACGACUGCGGAGCUGCUCGGCUCGCAGGAAGGGGACGACGAGACCCUCACCGGCCGGAGUGCAGGCACCGAAGGCAGCGAGCAACCUUCGGUGAGUGAAGAAGACGACGAGCAAUCGCUGCUGAGCCAGCUGUCGACGCUGCAGUCCGUCGACCGGCCUCGGUCGGUGCGGUUCGACGACGAGCAGUCCGAUGUUUCAGAGGAGCCACAGUGCUCGCGCGCCGUCGCGGCUGGAGUCACGUCCUCGUCGUCGCCUCCGCGGUCUCCGCUGCUCAAGAAGUUCGCUCCGGUCCAGGAUCGACGCGUUAACACAAUCAUCCAAGAGGCAUUGCACCUCACCGACAUUUCCCGAGACGAGAUCGGCCUGAUCGAGCGAUCGGUCAAGCGGCUCAAUGACGCGAUCCUGGGCUUUGUGUUGCUGGUAGACAAGCAGGUGAAGAUCGUGGGCACUCCGACUCCCGAGGAGCGCGGCCGUAUCAAAGCCGAUAUCGCGGAUCUGUCCUGCCAGUUGAAGGCCUCGAACGGUUUGAUAGAGAGCACCUGCGCGCGAAUGAAGAAGCACUUGGUAGCGGGGAGGAACCAGCUCAGCGCGCACAAACGCAGACUCUUCACGGAGCAAGCCGAUGUAGACAAUUCAGCCAGCGAAGUGUCGGAGUGCACGUCGCCACGCUGUAGCACGGCUGGGCAGACUGGAAUUCGCUUCAACCGAUCGCCUCCACGGCCUACAGUUGCACCAAACAUCCCGUACGGCUGCAGGGGCCUGGCAACGAGGAGCGGGCUGUCGCCUAUGAAGGGCGGCGCUUCUCCUGGCAGGAGAAGUAGCUCCGGGUCAGGCCCUCGAACGCCGCGAGCGUCGAAAGUGCCGCUGAUGUGGAUCCUCAAGCCCCGUCCGGCUCACGACAAUGACGAAGAUGACGAAGAUGAGCGCUCUCCCACGGGCAUCGUCUCACCUGACCUGCUCUCGUCGGUGCUCGACGCAGUGGGGCUUCAAGACAAGGAGUUCCUGGAAAUGAGGGACCUGCGGACGUUCCUGCACGGCGUGCUCGCCUUCUUCAUCGCGCGGAACCCGGCGCUGCGGUUCCUGGACAAGGCCUACCACCGGCGCCUCAUGCCCGAGUACGUCAACGAGCUGGCCGACGCGCUGGUGAUGGACAUGCAGCUUAUCCCGCAGCUCUCGGGCAGGUCAGUCAUCGUAACUCCGACCAGCACGCUGGAGGAGUAUGUGUGUACGGAGCCCUUCCGCUUCGACCGCCUGCUGCACCGCGUCCACGUGAACCCGAGCGACAGCUCCGUCAAGGACCCGUCACCCAACGGCUUCUUCACGCCGCCGCCGUUCGCAGACGCCGCGGCGGAGGCGGCGGCCAAGACGUUCCCCACGAGCCCGUUCAAGGAGCAGAUGACUCGCAACGGAGGCAUCAUGAAUGGGGGCAAGGUCGUGGAGCUCGUCGUGACCAAGCCGCGCGAGCCCGAGCUGAUCGAGACCGCGGAGCAGACGCUCGGCAUGGCCAAGCUGCUGCACGAGCUGGCCACGGCCGAGUGUGAGGCGCGCAACGGCAACCGCAUGUCGAUCCGCGCGCCCGUGCCGCACACCAAGGAGUUCUCGCGCGCCUACAUCGCCUCGUCCAAGGAGCUGAUGCUGCAGGAGACGAGCUUCCUAUGAAGAGGAUGGAUCGAUCGGUCGGUUCAAAUAAAAUAACGGGUUGAGUUCGUGUU